AGAAGAAAGAAAAAAAUUCUCCAUAAAAAUCCUUGAAAUUGUUUUUCGGGUUUUUUUUGUUCUCUCUUCACUAUUUUCAACUCUAUCAAUCGCUAACAGUAACAUUGUCGUCGUAACAUUUGUCGAAAUUAUCCAUUAUCAUGAUUAUGUUGUUUAUGUUGUGAGAAUCGAUUGAAUUUUUUUUUCAUUUUUAUUACCAUUGUAAUGAUUGGUGAUGUGCGAUUAAUGAUGAUCAUCAUUAUCAUCAUGAUGUUGAUGGCAAACAGAAGAACAAAACAAAAACAAGACAAAUCGAAUAAAAAAUCUCGACCAUUUUACUGCCAUCUAUGAACAAAACGAUGAUUUACCGUGAAUCAUAACAGUCUAAAUCAGUUUUUUUCAUUUCAUCAUCAUUGUCGUUAAUUUUUUUUUUGAAUUUUUUCUUAUUUUUUCUUUUUAUAUUUAUCAUAUCUUUUCAUCUACAGUAAAAAAAAAUGGCACCAAGUGGUAUAAAAAUUUCUAAACGUAAUGAUAAAAAGAAAAAAUCAACGAAAAAAUCGCCAAAGCUCAAAGUGUUGGAACAACGUAUGACAAGAUCGAAAUUGAAAGAAAUUCAAAAUGAACAACAAAAACAACAACAGUCACAACAACAACAACAACAACAACAACAACAAUCAGAAAUAGAAAUUUCUGAACCAAAAGAAUCGAUUCCCCGGAAUCAAGUAUUAUUGACAUCAUUACCGAAAUUUGUAUUCAAUAUACCUGGAUCACAAACCAUAUGGAAUGAUAUUAUUGGCUUUGAUAUUGAUGAUGAAAUUAGGAAAAAAUUUCAUCAUUUAUUAAAAGAUUUAGAUGCAAUGCAAAAAUCCAUAUUGGCCAAAUGCAUUGUCGAUCAUGGUAUUGAAUCGGUAAUGGCAAAUUCUGACAUCAUGUUUAUCGAUGAUGAUGAUGAUGAUGAUAAACAAAUUAAUAUGCAAAACAUGCCUAUACUACAACCAAGAUGUUUUAUCAAUAUUGCAACACAAACAACCGAUUGAUUGAUUGAAUGAUUCUUUGAAGAAUUUUUUUUUUUUUUCUAAUUUGUUUUUAAUAU